CAUUCCCAAUCUCCUCAUCCAUCUUCAAUCUCAUUUUUCUCUCCUCCACUUCUGUAUUGGGCAUUUGGGGUUAAACCCAUCAAUCACCAAAUGGCAAAGCUCAUUUUUGCAUUGUCUAUCUUGGUUGGACUAUGCAAUAUGUCCAUCAAAGUUGGUGCAUUUGCGCCAUCUGCUUGGAAACAAGGUCAUGCUACAUUUUAUGGAGGAAGUGAUGCCUCGGGAACUAUGGGUGGGGCUUGUGGGUAUGGUAACUUGUAUUCCACAGGGUACGGGACUAGGACUGCCGCGUUAAGUACUGCUUUGUUCAAUGAUGGGGCUUCAUGUGGGCAAUGUUUUCAGAUCACUUGUGACUAUCAAUCGGACUCUAGAUGGUGCGUCAAAGGAAAAUAUGUGACCGUUACUGCAACCAACUUUUGCCCUCCAAACUAUGCUCUUGCAAACGACAAUGGAGGCUGGUGCAACCCACCCCUUAAGCACUUUGACAUGGCCCAGCCUGCUUGGGAAAAGAUCGGAAUUUACAGGGGCGGUAUCAUCCCCGUCAAGUACAGAAGGGUUCCAUGCAGGAAGCGUGGUGGAGUUAGAUUCACGAUGAAUGGAAAGAACUACUUUGAGCUGGUUUUGAUCUCAAAUGUAGGAGGGGCUGGAGACAUUAAAUCCGUGUCCAUUAAAGGCUCAAAAACCGGAUGGAUGGCCAUGUCAAGGAAUUGGGGAGCUAACUGGCAGUCCAACUCGUAUCUCAACGGUCAAUCUUUAUCUUUUAGGAUUGUCACUAGUGAUGGUGCGACUAGAGAUUUCAUAAACGUCGUUCCCUCAAAUUGGUGCUUCGGCCAAACCUUCUCCAGCUCUAUUCAAUUCUAAGCUCAAUAAGACUUAGGAUUUGGGGUUUAGGGUCUGACUCAGAUUGGCAGAGGCGUGCUUGAUAUUUUCCUGAAGCAGCCCGCCGCUAUUUUCCAGUCAUCCAAUCAGAUGGUUGAAGUUGUUAUGGCAAUUUUCUUAACCAAAAGAGUGAAAAGGGUCUCUCUCCUGUUAUUGUGUGGAUUUUGUAUUUGUUAUAGCACUGAAAUAAGAGGUGCAUGAAAGGUGUAUCUUCAUCUUCAACAUGUAGAAAUAUUUAAUUUCACAAUUUUAUAAUGCUUGUAAUAUGGAUCUUGUUGUAAUAGUCAUACUGUUCUGAAUUAAAUGUGCUUUUGAAA